AUGGCGUUGUGUUUUUAACGUGAUAGACAGUUUGCAGAUAUUUUACGAACGAAAUUGAGUGAUUGUUGGUGGAUAACGAAUUCAUUGGUUGAAAAGCUCACCAAUUUCGCAAUCCGCAAUUGUAGUUUUGAAAGAAAUUGCCAUCAAAAGGAAUAGAAUUGAGUGAACGACGAGUCGAUUCGUUAUGGCAAAGAUGCAAGAAAACUGGCGCGACGCUAUUGCGGACAGACUUCGGGAACGAAAUAAAAAUGAAUCGGCUCGGUUUGCUGAUAUUAUACAUUACAAUAAUCGUUUAUUCGAUACGGCAGCUAAACUGCGGCAGGAAAAUUUGGAUUUGAAAAUUGAUAAAAAAAUUCGGGACAGUGUAAAUGUUACCGGCGCGGGUGGUAGUAGCACUGGGUUCGCGACGGAUGUAGCAGCCAUAACGAACGCCCAAAUUCAAUCGCUUGAAAAGAAGGUGCUUGCCCAACAGGAAGAGCUAACAGAACUCCAUAAACGCAAGGGCGAACAUUCGCAAAUGGUGAUAAACCUUAACCAGAAGCUGUCCGAUCUGCAGCGGCUGCUGAUCGAGAAAGAGCGGGUACUGGCAGAGAAGACGGCACUGAGCAUUUCGUUGAAAGAAGAGCUAGACGAACUGAAAGCCUCACACGUUACAAUAAAGGAUGAAUCGCUAGCUUCGCAGUUGCGCGCUAAUGCGGCCGAAGACAAGCUGCGCGCUGUGCAGGAUGAGAACACGAAACUGCUCAACCUGCUAAUGGAAUAUAAAUCGCGCGAUGCCGAGAUUAUGAACAAGGAGAAUGAUAAGUUUGUUAAGGAGAAAAAGGCUCGCAUAGAAAGUGAACUGGAACGGGCAAUACGCGACAUACCGGGUCCUUCGUCACUCGGACCUGAUCUGGAUCGGUUCGAUGUAGACGGAUUGCCGGAAGGUGUGGAGUUUAAGUUUGAUGCUCACGACGGUGAGGUCAAUGCGGUACGCUGGAGUCCGAUCGAGCGUAUCGUAGCCACCGGUGGUGCUGACCGAAAGGUUAAACUGUGGGACGUGGGAAAAGGUAUUUGUGAACAGCGCGGUGUGCUUGUGGGCAGUAAUCAAGGCAUCAAUUCGGUUGAAUUUGAUACUACCGGGUCAAUGAUAUUGGCCGCUUCUAAUGAUUCAGCCAGCCGUAUGUGGUCAGUGGUGGAUCAUCGGUUAAGGCACACCUUGACUGGACACAGCGGAAAGGUACUAGCGGCCAAGUUUCUUGGUGCCGCAUUCCUCGUCACCGGAAGCCACGAUCGAACGCUCAAAAUAUGGGACCUCAAAAAUCGUUCAUGUACUGAAACUAAGUUUGCCGGUUCAAGUUGCAACGAUCUAGUCACGACGGAUAGUUUCUCCUUCAUUAGUGGACACGUGGAUAAGAAGAUACGGUUCUGGGAUGUGCGGACCGCUGACUGUACCGCGAAUGAUAUACCGCUGCAGGGCAAAAUCACCUCGCUCGAUCUUUCCAAGGAUGGUAAAUUUUUGCUGUGCUGCGUACGGGAUGAUACAAUCAACCUGCUGGAUUUACGUCAGAACCGCAUCGUACGCACAUUUCGGAAUGAUAAUUUUAAGGUUGGAUGCGACUGGUCGAGAGUAGCAUUCAGCCCAUCAAGCUCCCGAAUAGCGGCCGGAUCGGCUGAUGGAUCCGUUUUCAUUUGGAACAUUAACGGACCCCUCGAGACGGUGCUCAAGGAUCCCAAUGGAAGCGGUGCGGCUGUCACGGCCGUCAGCUGGCAUCCGUUCAGCUCCACCCUGGCCUCAGUCGAUCGGGCCAAAAAGUGUACCAUCUGGUCGAACGCUUAACCCGGCCGGAUGGUACGCAACGGCUCUCGCCAUCUUUAGUGUAAACAGCAGGAUCUGCGAUACGAGCCGUCCCGCGGGAGGUUUCUCCAACACCGUUCGCGCGCUAUUGCUGUUAAUGUUUUCCCCUACUAUCGUCGUUCUUCUCGCAAUCGCAGCCACGUGUUCGAUCGACAUCUUCGUUAUAGAUUGCGCGGGAUGCUUCAUUUGCAUGCAGUGAUUGUGACAGAGCGUGGUUGCUACUGUUUCUUUACGGUUUUCAUUCUGUUUCUUACUCAUUAAAAUAAAAGGUAAGCACAAGGGCCUUUUUGCCGGACGGAUGAUAGUCAGCUACCAUCAUUGCGUUCCAACGUGCAGGAUUUUUUACAUUAAUAAAAAGAAUUAAA